AUGACCUUCCAGGCUAGACUUAAUAACCCCGAUCUCAUCUUUUCGUUGAGAAAGACGCCGCCAACUUUUAUGAUAGAUUUCUUGUUCAAAGCCCAGAAGUAUAUGAACGGAGAGGACGCCCUUACUACGAAGGGGCUAAUAGGAAAAUGGAAAAAGGAAGAACUUGGUGACUUUCAUGGUAAGAAGAAGGAUCGUAAGGAUUCAUAUCCGGAGACUAAGACCAGCAAGAGUGGUUCUAACACUCCGAAGAAGAAGAUGAACUUCACCCCAUUAGUGAUGCUUGCAGACAAAAUCCUAAUGUUGGAUCCGAAGAAGCUUACACCUUUCAAUUCCCUACUGGUCAGUUUCAGUGGAGAUAGAAUUUAUCCAAGAGGAAUUGUCUCAUUGUCCGUCACAGUUGGAACACAUCUAGCCCAAGAAACAAACCAGGUCGACUUCUCGAUCGUCAAUUGUCCAUCGUCCUAUAAUGUCAUCCUAGGACAACCUACACUGAAUCAGCUUAAGGCUGUAACCUCGACUUAUUACCUAAAAGUGAAGUUUCCAACCCCACACGAGAUAGGGCAAAUAUGCGGGGAUCAACUUUUGGCUAGAGAGUGUUACCAAGCAGUAUUAGCUUCAAGAGAGAACCACACUUGGGUGGUUGAAAAAGAACCAAGGAAACCCACUCAAGAGCUGGAAGAUGUGAGCCUAGUAGAAGGAGAUGCUACCAAAGUAACAAAGGUGGGAGCAGGACUUGACUCAGACCUAAAGGGCAAGAUCGUGGAGUUCUUGAAGCAGAAUCUGGAUAUUUUCACUUGGACUCACAAAGACAUGAGAGGCAUAGACAACAAAGUGGAGAAGCUUUUGACAGCUGGGUUCAUCAAAGAAGUAUACUACCCUGAAUGGCUAGCCAAUGUUGUCAUGGUAAAGAAGUUCAAAGGGAAAUGGCGCGUGUGUGUGGACUUUACAGACCUUAACCGUGCUUGCCCGAAGGAUAGCUUUCCACUUCUCAGGACUGUCCAACUAGUGGAUUCAACAGUAAGCCACGAGCUGUUGACCUUCUUGGAUGCAUUUUCAGGCUACAACCAAAUCCGCAUGAACGAGAAGGACCAGGAGAAAACAGCCUUUGUUACUAGCCAGGGGUUAUACUGCUACAGGGUUAUGCCAUUUGGUUUGAAGUAUGCAGGGGCGACUUAUCAGAGGUUGGUGAAUCAGAUAUUUAGCAAGUAG